AAAGAAUGUUCAGCACCUCUUGGUUUGGAAAGUGGACGCAUUAAAGACUCUCAAAUCACUGUAUCUUCAGAGUGGGAUAGAAAUCAUGCAGCAAUCCAGGGAAGAUUGAACUUCAAGGCUGGUGGAGGCAAGCAAGGAGGAUGGUCAGCUGGGAAGAAUAAUGGAAAUCAAUGGAUACAGGUGGCUCUUGGCAGUUACACUAAAUUAAAAAGUAUAGCAACACAGGGAAGGAAUGCUCACAGCCAGUGGGUAACAGCAUACAAGCUACAGUACAGUGAAGAUGGAGUGAAGUUUUACUACUAUAAAGUACCAGGACAGAGUUCACCUAAGGUAUUCAAAGGAAAUAAAGACAGAGACAGCAUUGUUUAUCACCAGUUAAACCCACCCAUCAAAGCUCGCUACAUUAAACUUCGACCAACAGCAUGGUAUGGUCAUAUAUCACUAAGGAUGGAGCUGUAUGGUUGCUCAGCAGAAUGUUCGGCACCUCUUGGUUUGGAGAGUGGACGCAUUAAAGAUGCUCAGGUCACUGCAUCUUCAGAAUGGGAUAGAAAUCAUGCAGCAAUCCAGGGAAGAUUGAACUUCAAGGCUGGUGGAGGCAAGCAAGGAGGAUGGUCAGCUGGGAAGAAUAAUGGAAAUCAAUGGAUACAGGUGGCUCUUGGCAGUUACACCAAAUUAACAAGUAUAGCAACACAGGGAAGGAAUGCUCACAGCCAGUGGGUAACAGCAUACAAACUGCAGUACAGUGAAGAUGGAGUGACCUUCUACUACUACAAAGUACCGGGACAGAGUUCACCUAAGGUAUUCAAAGGAAAUAAAGACAGAGACAGCAUUGUUUAUCACCAGUUAAACCCACCCAUCAAAGCUCGCUACAUCAAACUUCGACCAACAGCAUGGUACGGUCAUAUAUCACUUAGGAUGGAGCUGUAUGGUUGCUCAGCAGGUAAGAUAAUUGUCUUACAUGAACUUAUUUGGCACUGA